UCAAAGACCAGUCCUGAGCGGUCAGCUGUUCGGCCGUUGGUGCCUGUGAUAAUGCUUUGAAUUUUGACGACGAUGCAUUCAUCGGAAUUUAAUGACUUUUUUUUAAUAUAAUAUAAAAUAAAUCCGACAGAUGUAUCAAGGCGUACAAUUAUUGAGGACUCGUCCGAAGCCUGCCAAUUUAGGCGAAUUGUCACAAUCUUCCGAGUCGGAAGAUCCCGAUACUCACGUCUCAUUGCAUGCCCUAACAAACAGAAAGAAGCGGGAGAAGACAUCCUCAGGGAAGGUCUAUAGUUCAAUAAAGUUCCCAGUACCUGUCUGCCCUGGUAACGGUUCAAAUCUUACUAACCUUCAUUCCAGCUCACUAUGUCUCGUUACAAGGCAAGCCAGCGGACUCCUACACAAGCGGCAUUCUAAUAACUUCACGGACUGGAUAUUGAAAAGACAGUCGGGACUUCUGAAAGGAGGUGCAGGCUUUUCAAACACAGACAAAUGCAUUCUUGUAAAUGCCAAGCUACCGCGUAAAGCAAAUCUUCUCGAUACAUAUGAGAGUAAAGCAUUUUCUGGAAUUUUUUCACAUGAUGGCAACCUUCUUCUUACAGCUUCACAGUAUCGCUUCUUGAGGCUCUAUGACUCUUCAAAUGGUAAAAUGUAUAAGCUGAUAAAAACGAUAGAAGGUCGAGAUGUGAGAUGGAGUGUCCUUGGAACUGCCUUUGCUCUAAAUUCUAGCCAUUUUGCUUACUCAAGCUGGUCCCCAUGUGUGGCACUUGUCAAUAUUGAAAAUGAUACCUAUUCUGAGGUAUCUCUUGAUUUAUGCCCAGUGGAACAACGUAUCGCUGUAUUCUCUCUUCAGUUUGGAAACAGUGGCAACAUGAUUCUCUGCGGAGCCAAUGACGGCUUUAUCUAUUUGUACAAUUUAGGAAGCAACGAGAGGCUUUUAAGGGUCCAUGGUCAUGACGAUGAUUUAAAUGCAGUUGCAUUUGCCGAUAACUCAUCCCAAAUAUUUUACACGGGUGGAGAUGAUGGGAUGUGCAAGGUGUGGGAUAUUCGAACACUCACAGAAAGCUCACCAAAGCCGGUUGGGAUCUUAGCUGGUCACAUGGGUGGUAUCGUUCAUAUUGAUUCUAAGGGCGAUGCCAGGCAUCUAAUAUCAAAUUCAAAAGACCAAACAAUUAAGCUAUGGGACAUAAGAGUUUUAUCAAAUCAAAAAGUCCUGGAUCAUGCAAAACACAUUCUAAGUUUAUAUGCAUGGGAUUACAGGUGGCAAAAAGCACCAAAGGCAUUUAAUAAUGAGAAAAAUAUGGUAAAAGGUGAUACUUCUCUUGCAACAUACCGUAGCCAUGUAGUGCAGCAGACUCACAUCAGAUGUCAUUUUUCACCUGCUUUCACAACUGGCCAACGCUUUAUUUAUACUGGCUGUGCAUAUGGGAAGGUUGUCAUAUAUGAUUUAUUGACGGGAAGGGACAUACUUCACCUUACGGGUCACAAGUCGUGUGUACGUGAUGUUUCAUGGCAUCCGUACAGAACUGAAAUAAUAAGCAGCUCGUGGGACCACAGUGUAUUCAGCUAUAGCAAUUUGAGGUUUAAGUGUAAAUUAGUGGAAGGUACCAGCGAUGUACGUCGCCACAUCCUAUCAAGCAGAUGUUAGGAGAACAAUACUUUUAUAAAUUUUUAUAAUAAACGUAACAAUAUUUUAAAUA